CAUGAAGUUCACAUAUCCUUUCCCAGCCUAAGACACGGCCCGCGGACCCGAACUGCGCUGCCGGUGGGCCGAUAAAUAUAACCUAGUUCAGCCUUUGCCUAAUCCACACCUAAGCUCCCUGCUCUCGGCUUCUCCACAGAAACGGGAGCAGAGCCUCGGCAUCUCCAUAGAAACGGGAGUAGAGCCUUCAAAACGGCCAAAGCAGCGCUAAUCGACGGCCUCAAACCGGUUGGGGCUUGAAAAACACCAUUUUUGUUUUUAGGAUGCUCAAGAACCUCAGAAGGAAAAGUUGCGUUGUACAGAAAUUGACUAAACUUGCUAAUCCAGAGAAUGGCUAUGUAUAUCCGUGUAAAGCGCCACAAGACGACCUACUUUAUACAAUGUGAUCCAACCGAGUUAACUUUAGACAUCAAGCAGAAAUUACAAGGAUUGAUUGACCGGCCAAGUAGUAACCAACGGCUAACGUUGUUAUCAACUAAUGAGAUAUUGGAUGAUUCAAAGACCUUAGCUGAGCAGAAGGUUGAGAAUGAUGCUAUUGUGGCUUUGACCCUGAAGAAAGAUGACAAUGAGUUUGAGGAGGUUUACAUCGCAAGGGUAGAGGACUUCACUCCAUUCUCUUAAUUUGAUUUAUACUAGUCAUUAAUUACUUUGAACAUUAUGGUUUAUUGAGAUAUUAGACCCAAUAUAUUUUGAGAUCAAUUCUCCUUUUCAUGCUAAACUGUAUAACUAAUGAUAUGGACUUCAAUUUUCUAUUGUUUUUUAA